AUGGCGAACGUAUCCCAGUGCUACUAUUGCUUCGAAAGCCUCUCUUCUGCCUUCGAAAACCGCGACCUUGUCAGUCUCACAACCGUAGAAGCCCUCUGGGAACAGCACGAACAAACCAAAAAGCUUUCAAGCCUCGGAUCCCGAGUCCAGGGGUUAGACUCGGAUGCGGAAGAAGAAGACGAAGAAACAGGUCCGCCACUGUCUGUAAAUGACGAGUCUCAGCCAAGUAACCAGCCCAAGGGUUUAAAACCCCCCGCUGUCAGCCGCCUGCAGAGUCAGGCAUCCUCUGACUCGUCCACUCCAUCGAGUGCGUCCAGUGCCUCGUCCAACUCGCUUCUCUCUAACUCGACCGCCGCGACAACUCCGAGCGCCCAGCCUGGGAACCUGGGGUUGCAGUCCAAGUCUGAUCAGAAAUACCCGUUAUUCGUAACGUGGAACACACUGUCCCGUAGUGGAAGUAAGUCACUGCGCGGAUGCAUAGGCACCUUUGAAGCGCAGGAUCUUGAGGCGGGCUUGAAAUCCUACGCUACAACAUCGGCGUUUGAUGAUACUCGAUUCUCUCCAAUAACCAAAUCUCUUCUUCCCGCUUUAUCAUGCUCACUGACCCUCCUGGGCUCAUUCGAGCCCUGCACCAACCCCUUGGAUUGGAAUCUAGGCACACAUGGGCUGCGAAUCUCGUUCGUCAACCGUGGCAGACGCUAUGGAGCCACUUAUUUGCCCGAUGUCGCUGUUGAACAAGGCUGGUCAAAAGAGGAGACGGUCGAGAGCCUGAUGCGCAAAGCUGGCUGGGACGGUGGAAGUGGCAGUAUGGCCCGCCGACUGCUGCGAGUUGGGAGUGGAGAUAUUGGAUCUUUGAGCCCCUGGGAUCAAGUUUCUGAUUUCAAAACAAUCAGGUAUCAAGGACACAAGGCGAGCGCAUCCUACAAGGAGUGGCAGGAAUGGAGAAGCUGGGUCUUCUCUUUAGACGAUGGCCGUGAUCUUCUGGGCUUGACUUGA